UCACUGUCUCUCUUCUCCUUCUCAGUAGUUAUUUUAUAAUAACUGCCACUGUGGACAUUCUUAUGCAUCUUUCCCACGUACAUGUGUAGUCUCUUGAAGAUGUGUCUAAAAGUGAGUGGAACUGCUAGGGCAAAGUGUGUGCAGGAGAAUGGAAGGUUCUUAACCAAGAUAAAUGACUUCUGAAACAGUCAUGUGGUAUUUUCACAUGUGACUCCUUACUUUAUACUUUCCACAACCAUUGUUACAUCCUAAUAGAACCUGGGAGGCACUUGUAUUUCUGCAAUAAAAUGGGCUAAGUGGGCUUUAUUCCACAGAGCCAAAUAUUAUACACCAUAAUUGGCAGGUAGCUAUGAAGACAGCCCACCUAAGCCCCAGACUAACAUUUGGCUAUGGCUGUAUAUGAAAGAGAAAUGGUGGGGAUCCUUGGUUACUGAAUCAAGGGCUUUCCAUUGAAGAGCCCUCAACAACAAACCAUGCUCUGACAGGAAAAGGUCACCUUCAAUCUGGAGCUCUGAGCCAGAGCUGAGACCCCGGAACCCUGUGGGACACUGUCUCUGGCCACCAUUACUUCCCCAAAUGAGUUAGUUGCCUCUGGGCCUCAGUGUCCAUAUCUAUAAAAUAAAUUUGAACUAAAUGACUGCCAGACCUCUGCCAUCAUGGGUCACAUGCAUGCUCCCAGGAAGGGCCUGUCCCAGUCGGUGCUGACCUACCACCGUAGUGUCCCCACGUGGCUGAAGCUGACGUCUCACGACGUGAAGGAACAAAUUUACAAACUGGCCAAGAAAGGCCUGACUCCCUCCCAAAUAGGUGUGAUCCUGAGGGACCCGCAUGGUGUGGUGCAGGUCCGUUUUGUGACUAGUAAUAAAAUCCUGAGAAUCCUUCAGUCGAAAGGCCUUGCCCCUGACCUCCCUGAGGAUCUGUACCAUUUGAUUAAGAAAGCGGUGGCUGUCCAAAAACAUCUUGAGAGGAACAGACAGGAUAAGGAUGCUAAAUUCCGCCUGAUUCUGAUAGAGAGCAGAAUUCACCGGCUGGCUCGUUACUAUAAGACGAAGCGGGUCCUCCCACCCAAUUGGAAAUAUGAGUCAGCCACAGCCUCUGCUCUAGUGGCAUAAAUUCUUGUGUACACAGCAAUAAAAUCACUUUGAAUAAAAAAAA